AUGGCGGGGCAGCCCGCGGCCCCAGCCACACCACCGCCCAACCGGGAUGGAGCAGCGCCCAACGUGGUGGCGCGGAUACCGCAGUGAGCCGACGACCACCUGCGCCUCGUCCAGAACAUCAGCACUAUAAUGGCCAUAGCUGGAGUAAUGUUACUUCUAAGAAGUGUUCGACUGACAUCAAAAUUCACACGUUCUUCAGAUAUUCCAGUAGAAUUUAUAAGAAAGAAUGGUAAACUACGAGGACGACUAUGCUGAAUAACUGAGAAUGGUUUAGAGAUUGAACAUGUUCCCAUUACUUUACCUGUUAUCUCAUGGAGAAAAGAGCCAUGUGGUGUUUUGCUGAUUAAGUUGGCUGGAGUAGAACUUAUUGAAACUGGGAAGGGGUGGUUACAAAAAGAGCUAAAACUUUCCGAAGUACUAUGGUUCCAACUUCUUGGAAAGGAGAAUUCAGCACUCUUUUGCUACCUUUUAGUGAAUAAGCCCUGGAGCCGCAACUACUGA